AUGCCCACGGGAAGCUCAGGGCAGGUGAGGACGGAGGGGGCUCAUGCAGCAACCGCUGCUCCCCAAAAUUUGGAAUUUGGGGGGGGGGGCGUUCCUCUCCUGCAUCCGGAGGCAACCAAGCGGGCAUUUUCCCCCGUGCAGAUCCUGACCUACCUGGACGGGAUGGUGAAGGUGGAGGAGACGGAGCUGAAGCCCCGCGUGGGGUUCCUGUACCCCGUCCUCUCCCACAACAUCUCGGUGUUCAUCAACGCCACGCGGGAGCGCGACUCGGGCCAGUACAUGUGCACCGUCAACGUGGUGGACGAUGUCACCAGCACGGGCAAGAACAUCGGCGUCAUCAACCUCACCGUCCUGGGUAAGGCUCCGCCACUCGCCCCGGCUCCCUUCGACCUCGCCGUCAUGUCCCUCGGGACUCACCCCAGCACCAAAGCCGUCAUCGCCGGCGCCGUGCUGGGCUCCCUGGGCGCCCUCGCCACCGUCAUCUUCUUCGCCCGGCGGGUCGUCGGCUCACGGGGGAAGAAGCGUGACGGCCAGGAGGAGGCAGCCAAUGAGAUCAAGGAAGACGCCGUGGCCCCCAAAACUCCCUCGUGGGCGAGGAGCCCCGCUUCGGACACCAUCUCCAAAACCAGCACCUUGUCCUCCAUCGCCGGCACCCGGGAGAAACCCUACGGGGGCAUUAUGAUGUCACGACAAGCGUGUGGCAUCCGACUCAUGCCUGUAUGA